AACGUGGGGUUCUCAUGGCUCCGCCUGCCUGCACCCCGCGGUUGGUGCUGCUGUUCAGUGGGAAGAGGAAAUCCGGAAAGGACUUCGUGACGGAGACGCUGCGGAGCAGACUUGGAGCUGAUGUCUGUGUCAUCCUCCGGCUCUCCGGGCCUCUCAAGGAACAGUAUGCUCAGGAGCACAGCCUGGACUUCCAGAGACUCCUGGAUGCCAGUUCCUACAAGGAGACCUAUCGGAAGGACAUGAUCCGCUGGGGUGAGGAGAAGCGCCAGGCUGACCCAGGCUUCUUCUGCAGGAAGGUUGUGGAGGGCGUCUCCCAGCCUGUCUGGCUGGUGAGUGACACACGGCGGCUGUCUGACAUCCAGUGGUUCCAGGAAGCCUAUGGGGCUGUGACACAGGUAGUCCGCGUGGUGGCCUCAGAGCAGAGCCGACAGCAGCGUGGCUGGGUGUUCACGCCAGGAGUGGACGAUGCUGAGUCAGAAUGCGGCCUGGACACCUUUGGAGCCUUUGACUGGGUCAUCGAGAACCAUGGAAAUGAACAACACCUGGAGGAGCAGCUCAAGAACCUGAUAAAAUUUAUUCACACCAGACUCUAG